AACAUGUACAAAAACACUCCCUCUCUCUCUCUCUCUCCUCUAUAAAAUAGAGAGAGAAACUAACCCCCCACACCCUCACCUCACGCCAUUGUUGACGAGUACCAGCCACUCCGUCACCCUCCGAAACCAUGACGAUGGCCUCUAGACCUGCUGAGCCUGCUGCUAAGCUCUUCUUCCUCUCGCUGGUGGCGUGCGCCGCCGCGGCGUUGGCGGCGGCGGCGGGGGCUGCAGGCGCGCGCGGGGAUCAGUACGCGGCGAUGACGCUGACGGUGGUGAACAACUGCCCGUUCACGGUGUGGCCGGCGGUGGCGCCGAGCUCCGGCGGGGAGGUGGUGGCGGGCGGGGGGUUCGAGCUGCCGACGCUGUCGCACCGCUCCUUCCCCGCGCCCGCCCGCCCCUGGAGCGGCCGCAUCUGGGCCCGCACCGCCUGCUACCCCGGCCCCAACGGCGCCCUCCACUGCGCCACCGGCGACUGCGCCGGCCGCCUCCAGUGCGCCGGACUCGCCGGCAAACCCCCCGCCACCCUCAUCCAGGUGACGCUGCACCACGGGGGGGAGCGGGACCAGACGUCGUACGGGGUGAGCGUGGUGGACGGGUUCAACGUGGGGGCGAGCGUGACGCCGCACGAGGGGCGCGGGGUGUGCCCCGUGCUGGGGUGCCGCGAGGACCUGACGGCGACGUGCCCGGGCGAGCUGCAGCUGCGGGCGCCGCAGGGCGGCGGCGGCGGCGUGCUCGGCUGCAAGAGCGGCUGCGAGGCGUUCGGCACCGACGAGCUCUGCUGCCGCAACAUGUACGCCUCCCCCCGCACCUGCCGCGCCUCCAACUACUCCCUUUUCUUCAAGCGCGCCUGCCCCCAGGCCCUCACCUACGCUCACGACAGCUCCUCCCUCCCCCACGACUGCGCCGCCCCCCGCGAGCUCAAGGUCAUCUUCUGCCACUAGCUUCCUCUUCCUUCCUUUCUUCGUCUCUGAUUCGUAUCCGGGACUCUCUCAAACUCUAAAGCUGGUUUAAAGUAAUGAUAAUAAUCUACUAGCUAGUUAUUUGCUUAUUAGGACGGACUGCGUAAUGAACUAAGGUUUAGUUUCUCCUUCUCAAUUCCGUGCUUUUUCUGUUUUUUAUAUAUAUCUCGAGUGUGCUGGUGUUUUAGUAGACUUUGUUUUACUUUAUUGUGAUGUUUACUUUGUGCGUGGCUUUGUGUUGCUGUUACUCUGUAAUGAUUCUGAGAUAGUUCCGGUGAUCUUUUUAUAAGAAGAGAAGGUGUUUCUAGCUAAA